CGUGGGGCGGAACCGUGUGGUGCCGGUCCCGGUACGUGAGACUGUACCGGUGCCGGUACGCGGGGCGGGACCGUGCAGUGCCGUAGCCCGUGUGUGGGGCGGGGCUGUGCCGGUGCCGCUACGCGGGGCUGCGCCGGUGCCGGUGCGUGGGGUGGAGCCGUGUUGUGCCGGUGCCGGUCCGCGGGGCGGGGACGGGCUGUGCCGGAGCCGGGGUGUGGGGCGGAGACGAGCGGUGCCGGUGCCGCUAUCCGGAGCUGUGCCGGUGCCGGUCCGCGGGGAGGACCCGGUGCCGUGCAGUGCCGUAGCCGGUCCGCGGGGCGACGCGCCCCUAUGAGCCGGUGAGGCGGCAGCGGUGCGGGAGGGAUGGCGGCGGGCGGCGGCGGAGGGCGACCGCCGGGCCCCGACCCCGCGCUGGAGCCCUACGUGCAGACCCGCAUCUUCAAAAUCAUCGUCAUCGGAGACUCCAACGUGGGCAAGACGUGCCUGACCUUCCGCUUCUGCGGGGGCACCUUCCCCGGCAAGACCGAGGCCACCAUCGGCGUGGACUUCCGCGAGAAGACGGUGGAGAUCGAGGGGGAGCGCAUCAAGGUGCAAGUGUGGGACACAGCUGGCCAGGAGAGGUUUCGGAAGAGCAUGGUGGAGCACUACUACCGCAACGUGCACGCCGUGGUCUUCGUGUACGACGUGACCAAGAUGAGCUCCUUCACCAACCUCAAGACGUGGAUCGAGGAGUGCAACGGGCACGCGGUGCCCCCGCUCGUCCCCAGGGUGCUCGUGGGGAACAAGUGUGACUUGAAAGACCUGAUCCAGGUGCCAUCCAGCCUGGCCCUCAAGUUCGCCGACGCUCACAACAUGCUUUUGUUUGAGACCUCGGCCAAGGACCCACAGGAAAGCCAGAACGUGGACGCGAUUUUCAUGUGCCUGGUGUGCCGGCUGAAGGCGCAGCGCUCGCUGCCCUGCCGGGACACGGAGGGCUGGCCGGCGCAGCCCCAGCCGCACCCCCGGCGGCUGGACGAGGCCAGCGGGAAAGGCUCCUGCCCGUGCUGAGCGGGACCCGCCCGGACCCCAAUAAAGGCUCUGAGCCCCCUGC